AUGUCCCCACAACCCCGUGUCCCCGUGGUUGCCGUAGGCGUGACCCGGCGUGUCGCCGUCUCUGUUGGGGCUACUGUCUUCGCUGACACGCCCUACGACAUGGUGGCCGUGCUAGACUGGACCGAGUCGCCCAAGGAGCUGCAGUACUCACCCGCCAACCUAGCCGUGGUCCUCAACGCGCUGCAGCCACGCCCGCGGGCGCUGAUCGCCGGCAACGCCGUCCCCGAAGAGCUGAUGCCCGAGCUCAGCGCAGUCUGGGAUGAAUACGCGCGGCGGCACGAGAUUGAGGGUGCGUUUGUGGGCCUAAGCCGCAUCGUGGGCUGGCAGCCAGGCCCGCCACCGCAGGAGGUCUCGGACGAGUUGAUGAGGAAAUUGAAGGAGAUCUUUGGGGUUUGA